AUGGCUGUUAAUGUCAGCAGGCUAAUUAUGGGAUAUAUGACACUGAUCGACAUUGCCGAGCAGAGAAAUUUCUCUAUUAUCGUUGCUACGUCUUCCAGCGCUCUUGAGAAGCACUGGUCGCAAGAGCUAUCAGGACCAUUCGCAUACCCUUAUAGAGACGUACACUCUUGGUCUAUUCAACAAUACGAGGAGCAACUCCCCCGGUCCCCGUCAAAGAAGAGUUUCUAUAGCGACUAUGAUCAGGUUCCAGUAAGCUGGGCUGUCAAGAUUAUGGACAAUCCCCGAUGGCGUGACGCUAUGGCCCACCAUCAGAUGGGCGAAGACGACCUCAUUCUCCGCGUUCGCGAGCCGCCGCAGGGUCAACUUCAUCAUCGUCCUGACUUCAAUGUUCAUAUUUUCAGCAACCUUAGAGCUGCUAACAUUGCCUUCGACGAGGAUGAGAACAUUUGGAACUCUAUUUCUCUGGAGUUUGACCUCCGCGUUAAGGAGUGCAAGACAACAUCGACGCCGGUUAUAUGUUUCAUCCUCGCACUACGCGAAAUCUUGCUCUAG